CAUUCUACAAACAAACAAAAAUAUGAAGGAGCGAUCCGAAACCGAAUCAUUUACACUGUGCUUCUAUCGCAUUUGUAGUUAAUUGCAUGUGCGCCACUUCAGUGUACGAUUUACAAUCGAAAAGUGCAGAAGCAACAUAAAAUCAUAUUGGAAAUAUGUCAGAAAAUAAGGAGACUGACAAACUUGAGGCACGAAGCUAUCAACUGCGACUCGUGGAAUACAUUGUUAAACGAAAUGGCAUUAUUUACUUGCCCACUGGCUCGGGCAAAACUUACGUGGCCAUCCUGGCCCUCAAGCGAUUUUCUCAAAAUAUGGACAAGUGAGUG